CACGCAUGUUCGCCGACGAUACUAACAUUACAGUGUCCGGUAAAUCAAUUAAGGAAGCUGAGGUUGCCGUUAAUGCUGAUCUCAAUAAUAUCAGAGAAUGGCUUCUGUCGAACAGGCUCUCUCUUAACCUUGUCAAAACACAGGCGGCCCAGACGUGUACACCAUUUCUUACUCAUAAUGAUAAAACGCGCUACCAUGUGUAUGAAACAGCUACCAAUAAAACGUAG